CAAUGAUGUAGGAGAAGGUAAUUAAAUAUUCAUGAGGUGUCAAUGUUGGGGAGGUAAAGAGAACCUAAAAAUGGCGUCCGCGGAGGGUUUUUGCCUGGGUGAAGACGCCUCCUUGGCAGUUUCUUCUUGUCUUACAGACACAAGAACCCCAUCUGCUUAUGAGGACGACCCGUUGAAGAAAGCGAUGACUGAAGCCCAUGUGUUCGGCAGCAGCGAGGAUGGUUCAGAGUACGGAAUCUCCAACAGCGAUGGGAACCACACGGGAGAGGAUGUAGACCAUGGAAGUGGAAACCUUUAUGAUGAGAAUGUUACAGGGCUAGCAGGUCAUGCAAACCAAGGAGACCUGUUCUUAUCCAUGGCGCAGGCAGACUAUGUCGAUGACCACGUAAUUCGGAAGAGCGCGAGAAAGCGGAAACCGAGACCGCUGUCCCCGGAUAACGACCUUCUCAUGUCCAAGAAACGGAAGAGACCACGGAAAAACCCAAACCCUGGCAAAUCGGCUGGAAGGAGGGGAAGUUUUGAUACUGAGACAGAAUCGUUUUGUUGCGACUUGUGCAAGUCUCCGUACGUUACCAACCCCACACGGAGAGGGAACAAACCCAAGCUGACCAACGCCAACCCCAGUCCACGCCACAAGAUCGACCCGUCUACAGGAAGGAUGCUGACACUGUGUAACGCCUGUGGCCUAGCCUUUAAUCGCCCGAAGAGACCCAGGAAAGAGCGCCCCCUACCCAACGAGGUAGAGAAGGCCAAGUACCUGCAGGAGGCGCAGCAGUUCGCCUUGUCUCUGGCAGAGGGCCUCAGUGAUCCAGAAGCUGAGAGAUUGUUCUGCCCACACUUCAAACUGAAGGCCUGCGGCUGCAUGCAGAACUUCAUCAUAGGGGAGGGCAACAUGGAGGAGUCCCGGAGGAGAGCCAAUCAGCUGCUGCGGAUGUUAAAGGAAGCCAAACAGCUGAGUCAGCUGAAGUGUUACGAGGUCGUCGGUGACCCCACCAACCCCAGCGGACAGCCCAGGUCUAAGAGAGCAAGGAACAUCGGACUGGGUAACGGACAGAGGAAGUCCCAGGCCUUUGAGGACUUUGUGUUGAAGAACCGUAAGAUUCUGAGGGAGCAGAUAAAGCUGUGUGAGAGGGCCACUCAGAAGGUUCUCUGUUACUCCAACAACUUCCUGCACAAGAAGCUAAAAACAGAUCCACAGAAAGGAGUACGUAAAGAGAGACAGAAGGGGAAGGAGGCCCUGGGACAGCUCAGGUCUAUAGAGGACUUACCCAGGAGUCGCUGCUGUGUGGACAACUGUGUCCUGAUGGCGCUCACCCAUGGCCGACUACUACAACAGUGGCGAGACCGCGCCCGGUCGGGUCAGAUCGAGGCCAGGAGGGUCCUGGCGGAAAUGUUGACGCCAUCGGGCGGAGCUCGCUCCAACUGUUACAAGUUCAUCAACUGGGUGACGGGGUGUAGUCACAGCACCAUCGGCAGGGUCAACGACCAGAUGAAGAGGACAGGCGGGGAUAGGGAGCCUCCACAACACGGGCUGAAGAAAUGGUGGAAAGAGCACCCCAAGAAGAAGAAGAAGGAAGAGUUGUCAGGAGUGGCAACAACUGGGUCAGAAACAGUCACCAUCACAAUCCCUGCCACACAGAUCCCCAACAACUUCAGCCAUCUCCCUCCUAAUGCACAAAUCAAUAUUCAACAACAGCAAAUCCAACAGCUGCAAAGACAGCUGGCCCAGCAGCAGCUGCACAUGACCCAGGGCCAGGUGCUGCAGCCGCAGUUCCUGCACCCGUCGGGACAGCUGGUGUCGCAGCCGCUACAGCUGCAGGUGCAGGUGGCUAAUGUUGGCAGCCAGGUGCCGCAGCAGUCGACAGUGCUACAGAACUCAGCUGCGGAGCAGGUGCUGAUUGCAACAGACAGCCUUGGUCAACAGUUACAGAACCAGGCAAUCCAGCUGCAGCAGCCCCAGCUGACGGGAACUUCGUUACCAUUGGUCAACACCCAGCCCCAGCCGAACGCUGCGUCCGGUAACCUCCUGAACACGGCACAGCUGACCAGCUACAACUUCACCCAGGCUCCCAACGUCAACAUCGCAACCGUUCAUCAGACAACAGCCGGAACCUCACAGGCCCCCACCCAGCUGAUCAUCCAGACCCUGCCCACCCCCCUGCAGACCCAAACCCUGCAGUCCCAGAACAUCCUGCAGCAGCUGACUCCGCAGCAGGUGGCGCUCAUCAUCCAGCAGGCGCUCACUCCGCAGACGGCUGCCACCGCGACUGGCCUCACCAUCGGAUCUGUCGCCCUCCCCACACAGAGCACUGACUCACCAUUUGAGACUUCUUCUGUAGAUGAAACUUUGACUGAUGGAGAACAGUCAGCUGACCUGAUGAGCCAAUCAAACCAGCAAACCACCCUGGAUGUUUCAUCUCUCAACCAAUCACGGACUGCAAAUAUAAACCAAUCACAAGUCUCUUUGGUGCCAUCCACCAGCCAAUCACAAGCAACAAACCAACUGAAUCUCUCACAGCAAGCUGACCAAUCGGAGCAACCCUCAGAAAUGGUGUCUGAUGCUGCUAGCCAAGCACAGGCCGUGACAGUGGAGCAGAUUUCAUCACUUGGCAACCACCAGUUGCCACAGCAAUGGUUGCUAGGUGAUAAAACACAAGGCUUGGUGGGGGUUGCAGCAACAGGGAAUUCUGAACCUAGUGAUUCCUUCUUGUCUGUGGACACCUUUCAGCUUCUAACCCAAAAUCAAAUUGGGAACCUAAACAACAUCACAUAGCCUGGUAGAAAUUCUACAUAUCAAAAUUGAUAAGCAAUAUAAUUACAUAAAUCUCCUACACAGAGACAUCCAACGGCGCCAGCAAACCGCCUCUUGUCUGUACUCUGCUGUCUCAACCAUCACUGUUCCUGUGGGCGUCGCCACAAAUCAGCUGUCAGCCAAUCAGAGCAUAGGCCUUUCAGUUUUCAAGUAUUUCGCAUAUGUAAGGAUUAACUCAUUAAUAUUCAUAAGCAGGGCGGUCAGGAACUGAUGGUGUCGAUUGAGAUAGCAGAGUACAGACAAGAUGUAGUUCAAUGCUGGCGCCGUUGGAUGUCUCUGCGUAGGAGAAUGACUUGCAUAAUAAGACUUCUGUGAAAUUAUGUAAUUGCAAAACGGAUACAGUAUAGCUGUCUUGAUGAUAUCCAUGAGACCUUAUAUUAUAACAGGUCAAAAAUGAGCUGCUUCUAACUAUACAGGUUCACUAUGGAAAGGUAGUAGAUGCUACCUUAAACAUCUGACCAUUCACAAAAUCCAUUCAGUUGCUUUAGAAAACUGUUAUCUCAUGAAUCUGUUUCAAAAGUUUAUUUAUACAAGUAUUAAUGGUAUCUAGGGUCAGUGCUGUUGUUUUUGUGCUUAAGUGCCACUAUACAUACGUCACAUUAUUCUUGAUACUGUACCUUGUAAUUAACAAGAGACGGAGUGCCGUAUUAUGUGAAUCUAACGUUGGUGGUGCAAACCUACAUGAAAACAUGUACCGAGGACUAUUUCUCAUUUCUGAUAUACAGUAGAAGCCAGUUAAUUGCACAACAGAUUACUGCACACUUCUGUUAAUCACACAGAAACCCAAAGUCCCGUAGUGAUGCGGUCCAGCAGAAUCAUUUGCUUUGUUGCACUGUCUGUAUAAUUGCACAAAAUGAACUGGCAAAUGGGAAGUGCAAUUCAACGGCUUCUACUGUAUCAGUAACCGGUUAGAUACACAGUACAUUCAUGGGAAAUUAGAUAUCCUUUAUAACUGCUUUGCAGUGUAAUUUCAAAGAAAUGCUUUCACCAUAUGAACUAUUGUUAGCCAGAGUUAGCUACGCUAUUUAUUAAAUUGAUACUGUAUGUUUACAACAGUAUUAUACAUCUGUGCAACAGAAACAUGCUGCUGGCUUUGUAAAUACAUGUACAUGAACUGUAGGAACUGUAGAUUUCAUCACAGAUGAAGUUUAUUGCUUUGCCAUUAAAAUAUUGUUUCUAAAACUUUAGUUGUGCCUGUAAUUCUUGUUCAUGUUA